AGGAACGGGAUAGCAGGAAAGGAUGGCGCUGGGGUGGGACGGAUCCUGCCCUGCCGAAGCUGCUGCUCCCCGCCUACAAGACGGUGUGCGGCGUCAACGGACCCCUGGUUGUGCUGGACAAUGUGAAGUUUGCCCAGUACGCCGAGAUCGUGAACUUCAUGCUGCCCAACGGCACCAGCCGCAGCGGGCAGGUCCUGGAGGUGAUGGGCUCCAAAGCCAUCGUCCAGGUAUUUGAAGGAACAUCUGGGAUUGAUGCCAAGAAGACCUCCUGCGAGUUUACCGGGGACAUCCUCCGGACCCCAGUUUCUGAGGACAUGCUGGGUCGGGUCUUCAACGGCUCUGCCAAACCCAUCGACAGCGGUCCCCCGGUGAUGGCCGAGGAUUUCCUGGACAUCAACGGCCAGCCCAUCAACCCCCACAGCCGCAUCUACCCCGAGGAGAUGAUCCAGACCGGGAUCUCGCCCAUCGACGUGAUGAACAGCAUCGCCCGGGGCCAGAAGAUCCCCAUCUUCUCCGCUGCCGGUCUCCCCCACAACGAGAUUGCCGCGCAGAUCUGCCGGCAGGCCGGUCUGGUGAAGAAGUCCAAGGACGUGGUGGACUAUCACGAGGACAACUUCGCCAUCGUCUUCGCUGCCAUGGGGGUGAACAUGGAGACGGCUCGCUUCUUCAAGUCGGACUUCGAGGAGAACGGCUCCAUGGAGAACGUGUGCCUCUUCCUCAACCUGGCCAAUGACCCCACGAUCGAGCGGAUCGUAACCCCCCGCCUGGCCCUGACCACCGCCGAGUUCCUCGCCUACCAGUGCGAGAAGCACGUGCUGGUGAUCCUGACGGACAUGAGCUCCUACGCCGAGGCCCUGCGGGAGGUAUCGGCAGCCAGGGAGGAGGUGCCCGGCCGUCGCGGCUUCCCCGGCUACAUGUACACCGACCUGGCCACCAUCUACGAGCGGGCCGGGCGCGUGGAGGGCAGGAACGGCUCCAUCACCCAGAUCCCCAUCCUGACCAUGCCCAACGAUGACAUCACCCACCCCAUCCCCGACCUGACGGGUUUCAUCACCGAGGGGCAGAUCUACGUCGACCGCCAGCUCCACAACAGGCAGAUCUACCCCCCCAUCAACGUGCUGCCCUCCCUCUCCCGCCUGAUGAAGUCGGCCAUCGGGGAGGGCAUGACCAGGAAGGACCACGGGGAUGUCUCCAACCAGCUGUACGCCUGCUACGCCAUCGGGAAGGAUGUGCAGGCGAUGAAGGCGGUGGUGGGGGAAGAGGCACUCUCGCCCGAUGACCUGCUCUACCUGGAGUUCCUGCAGAAGUUUGAGAAGCAGUUUAUCACCCAGGGUCCCUAUGAGAACCGGAGCAUCUUUGAGUCCCUGGACAUCGGCUGGCAGCUUCUGCGCAUCUUCCCCAAGCAGCUGCUCAAGCGCAUCCCCGAGAGCAUCCUGGCCGAGUACUACCCGCGCGAGGCCAAGGUGCCGGGCCAGGGGCCGGCCAGCACGGCCCUCUAACCCCCCCCAGCUCUGGGCUGAGACGGUCAGCUUUGGGGAGCAGCCUCGCCUCCCCCAAACCUCUAUGGACCACCCAAAGGUCCCUCCAGUGAGGCUGGCUGGGGUUAGGUGCUGCGAGGUCGCAGAGGGCUGCAGGUCCUCGGCACCGGCAUCCCAAAGCAGCGAGAAACCUCUUCUCCUUGCUCAAUAAAACCAGCGUGGUCACCA